AUGUUUCUAUCUCACUGGGUUGAUUGUCUGCAUCUCUUUAUCUUCAUUUUAACUUAUCUUUAUUUUGUUGUAGAUGAAGCAUCAAAUGAUAAUAAUUGUGGUGUUACUGAGGUGUAUGAACCUAAAGGAAAAGCACCAAUAAAUAACGUACCAUCUGAUGAUGACAGUGAUGAUACUUCUAGUGGCUCUCAGAGUUUAUCAGUUCAAGUGUUUGCAGAGGAUGAUGGUAAUGAAACAGUAUGGGUCAAUCAGUAUGAGAAAGUUUGGAGGGCACAUGUAGAAGCUACUGAAAGACUAACUGAAUUUGAUGAUGACACUAGUAAUACUAAGCAAUUUGUGGAUGUUGAUACCAUGUUUAUGGGGAUGGAUUUUAUGGAUAGGCAAGACUUUAAGAGGCACUUAAGGGCAUAUGCAGUGAAGGAAAAGUUCCAGUACCGGUUGAAGCCUAAUGAUAAAGAAAGGAUCAAAGUAAAUUGUAGGUAUAACAAGUCUCAGGGUUGUGAGUUUUUUAUAUAUGCAAGUGUUAGAUGUCAUGAACCUACCUUCAUAGUUAGAAAGUUCAACCUGGAGCAUACAUGUGUGAAUGAAGGUGUAACAAGAAAUAGGACAGCAAAUGCAGAAUUUGUAGCUCAGUUUUUGUAUGAUAGGUUGAAGAAUGGAGACCCAAUACCAAAUCCUUUCAGUUUACAAGACCAAUUCCACACAUCUCAUAAUACCAGUGUUCCAUAUCAUGUGGCUUGGAGAGCUAGAACAAAGAUACUAGAAAGAGUAAAUGGCAGUUAUGAAGAGUCUUACAGAUUGGUUCCAGCAUUUUGUGAUAUGGUGGAGAAAACCAACCCUGGGUCUUUGACAAACUAUACAUAUGGAAGUUUUGAUGGCUUCUUUGAGUCUAUGACAAUUUCCUUUGCAGCACUACUGAAAGCAUUUCAUGCUGGUUGUAGAAAUGUGGUUGGGUUUGAUGCUUGUCAUUUGACUGGAAAGCAUGGUGGGUAUCUGAUGGCUGCAACUGCUUUGGAUGCAGAGAAUAGGGUACUGCCAUUGGCUAUAAUGGUUACUAGAAAGGAAGUUGACAUGUAUGCAAAUUUCAAGAAAUACCACAAAGGUAGAAAUCUACAUGAACUAGUAUGCAAUGCUGCACUAUGUUACAAGGAAAGACAUUGGAAAGUAAACAUGGAUGAGCUUGCAAAGUUGUCUACAACAACAACAACAUACAUGAUGAGGGAACUUCCAAAACACUGGUCUAGGGCAUUCUAUGACCAAUCCACAAGCUCUGAGCACACCAACAACAACUUCUGUGAGUCCUUCAACAACAUGGUUGGCCCAAUGAGAGACAAGCCCAUUUGUACUCUUGGAAUGAUGUAUGGUCAACUCAUUAUGGGUAUGUGUUAUAAAAGAAGAGCUGAGGCUGAUAAGUUGGAACUUGGACAGUUGGUGCCAAGUGUUUUGAAGUUGAUCAAGAAGAUGCAGAAAUGCACAGCUCACCUAGGAGUUAAUGAAGCAGUUUAUGGAAGGUUAUAUGAGGUGAAGAGCAUUGAAACCAAUUCUUUGUUUCAAGUUGAUAUUGUUGACAAAACUUGCAGUUGCAUUCAGUGGAAACUUAGAGGAAUUCCUUGCAUACAUGGUGUAUAUGUACUGAUGGAUAUGAGAAUUAAUUGGGCUGAGUGA